GCUCCAGUCCUCUUCUCCCUCCCCGCGCCGCCACCCUCGAACCCUCAGAAACCCUAACCCUAGGCAGCCACACGGGGAGAGCGGACAUGGGGGAGCACGACUUGACGGCGCUCAUGGCGGCGCAGCUGGACCGCCACCUGGUGUUCCCGCUGCUGGAGUUCCUGCAGGAGCGACAGCUCUACAAGGACGAGGAGAUCCUGGAGGCCAAGAUACGCCUCCUCAACGGCACCAACAUGGUCGACUAUGCCAUGGACAUCCACAAGUCGCUCCACGGUACCGAGGACGUCCCCGCCGACAUGGUCUCGCGCCGCGCCGAGGUCGUCGCCAGGCUCAGGUCGCUCGAGGAGGCCGCCGCCCCGCUCGUCUCCUUCCUCCAGAACCCGCAGCUCGUGCAGGAGCUCAGGCCCGACAAGCAGUACAACAUCCACAUGCUCCAGGAGCGCUUCCAGAUUGGUCCUGAUCAGAUCGACGCUCUCUACCAUUUUGCCAAAUUUCAAUUUGAGUGCGGGAACUACUCUGGGGCUGCUGACUACCUUUACCAAUAUCGUGCUUUGUGCACAAACAGUGACAGGAGCGUGAGUGCCCUGUGGGGAAAGUUGGCGGCAGAGAUUCUAAUGCAGAACUGGGACGUUGCAUUGGAAGAGCUAAACCGCUUGAAGGAAAUCAUUGAUUCAAAGAAUUUCUCAUCACCUCUAAAUCAGCUUCAGAAUAGGAUAUGGCUGAUGCAUUGGAGUCUCUUUAUCUUCUUCAACCAUGAAAAUGGUAGAAAUGGGAUAAUUGAUCUGUUCUUCCAGGACAGGUAUUUGAAUGCUAUUCAGACAAAUGCACACCAUCUUCUGAGAUACCUAGCUACUGCAGUUGUUGUGAACAAAAGGAGAAGGAAUAUGCUUAGAGAGUUGAUUAAAGUCAUUCAGCAGGAGCAGCAUUGCUACAAGGAUCCCAUAACUGAAUUCUUGGAAUGCUUGUAUGUGAACUACGAUUUUGAUGGUGCACAAAAGAAACUCAUGGAGUGUGAGCAGGUUAUAUUGAAUGAUCCUUUUCUGGGAAAGCGCAUUCAAGAAGGAAAUUUCAUCACUGUUCCUCUGAGAGAUGAGUUCCUUGAAAAUGCUCGUCUGCUUAUCUUCGAGACUUACUGCCGUAUACAUCGGUGCAUUGAUAUUGGCAUGCUUUCAGAGAAGUUGAACAUGAGCUAUGAUGAGGCGGAAUUGUGGAUAAUGAACUUGGUCAAGAGUUCAAAACUGGAUGCCAGGAUUGAUUCAGUGUCAGGAACUCUUAUCAUGACCACAAAUCAUGUUAAUGUCCAUGAGCAGAUUAUCGAAAGCCUGAAGAACCUUAAUGCGCGGACUUACAUGCUAGGAAAGAACAUCGUGGAGCCAGCUCAAGCAGCACAACAGGCAGCCCGGUGAGUGAGAUAAACAGUGUCGACAGUUUUGAGGCGCCAAGAAUUACAUACAGCAGAGACAGAGUUGUAAGCUUUUGGAGCUCCAUUGUUUGGCAAUGACUUGUUUGUCAGUACUUGAACUACCCAGGAGGUGGUUUGCAGUUUGCUACAGCCUAUGCUGACAUUUUUAAUAUUUUGUACUCGGAAUUUUAUUACUGGAGUAAAUCCUCCUCUACUCAGUAAUGUAAUGUAAUCAUGCAGCCUGAUUUUUAUUUA